GUUAGCACAUCGGGAUGGAUACCAUACAUGAUGUGAAACAUAAUUGUGGGCUGUGUUCCUGUGCAUUGCAUGUAAUUUCGGUAACUGUACGUUUCGACCGUGAUGCAGUUUGAUAGCAUUUUUAGACUGGCAUGGGUGACAGAGUGACUACGCCUGCCCCGGCCACUGCAGGCCCUCCCACGCGACAUCGGCCGUGGGAACCUGCAACUGCUGAAGCAAAGUCUGGUGUCACAUCCUUGGCAGACAUUUUUGAUACAGCCUUCUCAUCUACAGUUGACCGUCCUGUGGAUAAUACUGAAAAUUUCUCUGCAGGUCCCGGUGAUGCAGACUUCGAUCAGCUGCUGUCCGACAAUGAUCCACUGUUUGCUGACAGUGACCCUGACGCAGAUGAAUCGGUAUUGGCUACAAGCCUCGAUGAGUACUAUGGCUUCAGUACAGAUGCUGGGGCUGUAGGGGUGGAUGUGGCAGUGGGAGGGCAUUGGUCGGCAGCGGUUCAGCCGUCACCAUCAGUUCUGCCUGGCAGCUCUGCACUUGCACCCCCACCUCCACCUCCACUCCCACCACCUGAACUGUUCGACUUGGUAAGACGCAAAAGAUCACUUCGAGAGGAUCGCAGUGCCUGUGCUGUUGCUGCUACUGCUGCUGCAAAACUGAGAGCGAGAACAAGGGGCAUAUCCUCUCCCUCGAGUUCCUCCACUGACUUCGUUUUCUCACCAGGGCCAUCAGUAUCUAGUCGACAAAAUUCUCAAGGAUACAGCCAGCCAGAUGACGGUCCAAGCGCUCCUGAUCUCCAGCUUGAUUGGCUCUCAUCUGGUAGUGAUGCUGAUGACACUGAUGAUGAUAGUGGCAUUGAAGUUCUUGGAAUGCAUACACUUUAUGAGAAUGGUUCGACAGCACAGCAGUCUCAAAAUGUACAGCAGCAACAGGAGCAGCAGCAGCAGCAGCAGCAGCAACAACAACAACAACAAGAACAGCAGCAGCAGCAGCAACAGCAAUACCAACAGCAACAACCUCAACAGCAGCAGCAGCAGCAGCAGCAGCAGCAGCAACCACAACAGCAGCAGCAGCAGCAGCAACAACAACAACAACAACAACAGCAACAGGUGGACAUGCAACAACAACAACAACAACAACAACAGCAGCAGCAGCAUGAGCAGGAAAGGCAAAGACGACAGCUGCGGAGACAUUAUAUGAGUGAACGUCAGCAUCAACAAACAAUGUAUACACCAAGCACGAACAUCUAUGUUCAGGCAGCUGCUCAAGCUUCUCAGAUAUUACCGCAACCUACUGAUAUACUUACACCGCAACAGCACUUCGAAUUUUGUUUGGAGCAUCCAUCUGAACAAGUGCCAAUGAUGCAGCACCAGCAGCAGUCUCAGCAGCAGCGACAGCAGCAACAAAGCACUGUUGGAAAUAGUCAAACGAAUACCGAUAGUGGUGCAGUACCCGUUGUUGAUUUGACUCAAGAAUCUGACGAGGAGAUGCCUAUGGUUGCCCCAGUGCCAUUAACAUCAAUGCCACCAGGAGGGACACGACCAGGCAUUAUAUCUAGGCAUCCUGCACGAUUGAAUUAUCCAGCAGUGCCAGCACCUGCCCCUGCGCCGACAUCAUUCUCGGUCGGCUGUCGAGCAAGAUGUCGAAGUAGGGGUGACUUAGCAUCUACGGUUGGUCCUACAUCUAUGGGACCUGUUACUGGACAUCUGGGGAGCUCAGUUGGCCCUGGACCUGGUCCAAUUGCCACUGACUCACAUCGAUGUUAUUCGGCACCUUGGAUGCACCCCUGUCCUGCUGUUACACCACAUGCUCAUGGCCAUGUUCACAGUCACAGCCACACACAUGGUCACAAUCAUAAUUCUCAUGGAUACAAUGGUGGCCGGUUUUAUGUAGGUGAUGCACCACUACAACGAAUGGCACAAUUCCAGUAUGGCGGUGUUAACUCAGGGCGCCCUACUACAGGUGCCUUUCCGUAUCUGGCUCCACCUCCUCCUCCUCCCCCUCCACAACCUCGUAUCUAUCCUGUCCAUGAGCGACUGUGGCAUACUCAACAGCGUAUACAGGAGAUUCAGCGACGACAACAUUCUUUGCAUGUGCAGCAGCAGCAACAGCAGCAGCAGCAACAGCAGCAUAGCCGAAGCUUGAUUGGCCGUGGUGAAGAUGAUGCUUAUUGCCGACUUCAGCAGGGAGCCAGCCGACAUUCUUGUCAUGCUGCUCCACCUCCUCCACCUCCACCACUGCUUGCUCCACAGCAGCCAACUGUUUACAGUCGGCCUGAGGUUGUGCCGGCUCCUGCUCCAACAGCUGCACCACCUACAGGAGCUGCUGCCGCCACUGCAGGCUGGACGCCAGAGGCAGAUGUUCUCACAUCCAGUACUGUGCUUUCAUCACCUCCAACUAUCAUGCCUGACUUGCACACAGAAAUUGUUGUCAGCUCUCCACCUACUGUUGGCAUGGAAGCCACACACCAACAUGUGCACCAUCAUCUGUAUCACUAUCACCAGCCAGGACAUCGCAUGCACCACCUGCAUAUCAGCAUAACUCCUACAGUUACUGCUGGUAGUACCAGCCCUGAGCUGGUGUUUCCGCCAGUUCUAGCGCCUGAGUUAGUUCCUUUUCCUUUCCUGGCUCGACAUAUGACAGCGAGACUCGAGGAUUAUGUCCGUGUAGUGGAGCAGCGUCGUCUUGCCCAUGCCAAUCGUGGUGCUGAUCAGGAGACAAUUGAGCGUUACACAUUUCCUCAUAAAUACAAAGUGUUCAAGAGAAGAACAGAUGAUCUGGAAGACAACACAGAGAAGUGUACUAUAUGUCUGUCAGAAUUUGAAGAAAAUGAAGAUGUCAGACGCCUGCCAUGCAUGCAUCUCUUCCAUGUCGAGUGUGUUGAUCAGUGGCUCAGCACAAAUAAACGUUGCCCCAUCUGUCGUGUGGACAUUGAAACUCAUCUCAACAAGGACUUGCAGACAACUUGACAGCUGUUUGUGUGUGUAGACAGUGAAUAAUCUUCAGCCAUCACACCCAGUGCAGAAUCUUCUGGCUUCUGUAGUGGUGCUUCCUGGAGACAUCUUUAGUCUUUAUAUUUAAUGUUAAGCUAUUGUACUUUGAUUGAUAUAAUUCAAGGUGGGGCAUCCGAUUGUGUGGGCAUGAAAUUAAGGCAUCAGUUUAGAUUAUUAUUAUUAUUAUUAUUAUUAUUAUUAUUAUUAUUAUUAUUGUUAUUUUUAACCAGGAUGAUUACACUAGGUUGCAAAAUGCUAAUGAAGUGUGAUUACUGCAGGUUUCUUUUUCCAUCCAAGUCGUGUGACGUGGCCUGCUUGUUUUUUAGAGUUACCAUAUGUUCAUGCUAACAGCUGAUUGCAUUGUUCUUAAAGUCAAAACACUGUAGGCUAAAUUGGGGAAUAUUACUAUGUUUAUUUUGUGAAUAUAAAGUAUUUAUUAACAGUUGAAGCAACGUAAUAAUCAUGAAGGAAUGGAAUCCUCUGCUCCGUGAACAAUAAUUGUAUAUACAAGAAAAAAAAUGAGAACAAGCUUUAUUGUGCCUAUUAUCUAAAUAUAAAUCAGUUAUUAAAAACGCCAGCAACAUAAUAAACUUUAAGGUGUGGAAUCCUCUGCUCAACAAAGAAGAAUUACACAUAAAAUUAAGAAUGAGGAUUAACAGACGCAACUCCAGAUGAAUGAUGACUGGUAUUUAGGCUUACUUAAAACAUCAGAAAAUCAUACUUGCUAGUAUUAGUAUAAUACCCCUCUCCCUCCUUCCCCCUCAGCUCUCUCUCUCUCUCUCUCUCUCUCUCUCUCUCUCUCUCUCUCUCUCUCAGCUUUGUGUGUGUUACCAGAAUUAACUCAUAUUUUCUCACUACUGCAGUGUGUCAUGUGGCUCCCCCUCUCCUCCUCGACAAUACUCAAAAUGUCAUCUUGUAUCCACCUUGCCCAGCAUGUCUUCCUUCCUCCCAGCUACUCAAUCUUUCAUUUCACCACACCCUCCUCCCUCACACAGACACACACACACACACACACACACACACACACGUCCAGUUAACUGCUCAUAAACAGUCUCUGUAUAUCUGUGUGUGUGUGUGUGUGUGUGUGUGUGUGUGUGUAGUAGAACACGACAGAAUAAUUUAUUUUCUUGUUAUCUGUCCCCCAUAACAGCUACCCAUUGAUGACCAAGAUAUAUAUAUUGCCAUGUAUUUGAGACAAAAUGAAAUGUCUGUUAACUAAUUUUAUAAAUACGUCUCAAACAAUAAAAAAAAAAUGUUAUUGACUGAUGCAAUCUGUAACAUUGUAAUGGUGUUAUGAAUUUCAUCAUUAUUAUUAUUAUUAUUAUCAUCAUCAUCAUCAUCAUCAUCAUCAUCAUCAUCAUACAUAAUCAGUGGAAAUAACACCAAGUACUUGUCCUUUUUUGCAAAAGGAAACUUGAAGCUGUCAAAUAACAGAUUAACUUUUCAUGGUUUGGGUUCAUAGUCACAUAAAACUUUUUAUAAGACAUCAUAUUUGCCAUUGACUGAAAAAUUAUUUAUUUGCACUGUUGCAGUUUCAGCCUUAUGGCCAUAAUCAAGUGGUAUAUUGCAAAAGACUGCAUUCUCACACAUGUCAGAUCUAAAAGUCAUCUGACAUGUAUGCAUGUCGUGGUCAUAUUUAAGAGCAGUAUGAAAUUGGAGAUAUUUGCUACUCACAACAUAAAACAGGCAUUGAGCAGCAGACAGAGACAUUUAAAAGUAGACUAAGCUAUCGGACUAAGUCCUCCUUCAUAUGUAAUGCCGAGAGAUGACAGUAUCUCUGUGUCCUUGAUAGCUUAGUCUACUUUUAAAUGUGCCUUUCAACCCCUCAGUGCCUUUUCUAUUUGGUAAGUAGCAAUCUGUCCUAUGUCAUCUUGGAUUUUUGACUGUUAGUAUAUUCAUUUAAGUGUACACUGUUGAGAUGUUAUAUGAUUUGGAGAAUCCUACUUCUUCAGCAAUGAUUUCUGAAAUGUUUUGUAGAUAGUUAUUUAGACAGCACAGCUUUUGUCCCUUCCUUUCAAGUAUAUAACUCUUUAUUUCAUAUUUCCAAAUUCAAACUGAUUGUGUUAGUAGUUGGUGACAAUUUUAUUUUCAGUUAUUUCUUCUCUCAAAAACAACACAGUGACAAAUCAGAAGAAGGUAGCUAUGCCAACACUGCAGAACUUGCUUUUUAUUAUGAGUGCAAUUACAACUUCACCUUGAGCCAGGAGAGAUGUAAGCCCUCACGCUCUAAUCUCCCUUGAAAUUGGUAUGACAAAACUGAUGUAUUCCACAAAGACAAUACAGAAAAAGACUUCUAUAUUUGUUCAUAGUAAGGCUGCACAAUCAAAGCUGUUGAGCUAUGCCUCUUAGCUUCUCAUAGCGAAGUGAAGAGGCAUACAGGUACUUUGUUGUAAAUAUCCAUAGCAUUGAUGCUUUCAUUGAAGCAUAAACUGUAAACAUAAAAUGAGUAAGAGAAAUAUAAUGCUGCUCACAGUUCUCAGCAUAUGAGCACUUCAGUGUCAAAUAGCCCAUAUUGCCUUUUCUUACGGAUAAAGAUAAUACUAAACUGUUACUACAGCCCUCGGAGUUGAUUCUGCUGUAUAAUUUGUUCAAAUUGAGAAAAAGUUUCAUGUCACGAAUUCAUGAUAAUGAAAUUUGAAAAUAGAUAAAUAAUAUCUGUUUUUAGCAAUUGAAAACAACAUUCUUAUGCUGAAGGAAGAAUGCUGCAAGUUCCAUAGUACUAUAAAAAUUAAUGGACCUAUUUUGUUUAGCAUGUGGAAGAUUGCAUUAGACAUUAGUUGCAUCUUUGUGCACAGUCUAGAUAUCAGUUAUCACAUGAUAUAACUGUAGAAAAAAUCUUUUAAUCAUUAUUUUACCUGGGCUUCUUAUUUUUCUGGUUUUAUGACACUGCAGUUAAAGUUACUGCCUUUGAGCAUCCAUUUGAAUAUAUGAAGAGUACAAGUACCUGUAAAUUAUUGUUGCCAUAUAACAUUUUUGGAAACAGUGGACUUUCAGUAUAAAUGAAUGAGAUCACUUUGUGUGUUUUUCAUGUUUCUGGCAUGACAAAUAUUUUAUUUCUGUUCUUGAUACACCAAUAAAAAAUGAGAUGCAUAAAAAUAUUUUAUUGUGAACUUUCUGAUGGUCACACUUGUAACUCUUAAUCACUAAUAUCUUGCUUAACCUACUUAGUUUUCCUUUUUACAUAAAAACUGAUGCUUUAAUAAAUGAUCUUGAAAUAUUUCUUCCACAUACAAGGUUUUUGGUCAGAUUUUAUGCAACAUUUGUCUGUGUUUUAGUGGAUGUCAGUUUUUACCACAUCAAUUUUACAUUUUUUUCUUAUAAUAGUCAAUGAGGUACAUGUCUUUAACUCUACAAAACUUACAGUAUAGUUCUAAAUACAAAUCCCUACUUACAUGUUAUUGAGUUUCAUUGCCAAAUUUCAGUUUCAGCAUUCUUCCCACAGAAUUUCCCAUGCCCUAGAAUCAUUGUUUGCUGCACCACAUUUUCUAUCUUGUCAGCAUAAAUUUAUCUUUGUGCAAAGAUCAAAUAAUUUACACUAAUGGCCAUUAGGUUUCUUGUAAUUUAAUCUACCUUUUAUUUACUAAAUUUAACAGCAGUGAAAUCUCUUUUUACACAGAAAUUAUUCAUCAAAAUCUCACCACCAUUAAAAGGUUUAGAAUUACAAUCUAACUUUUAUUCUUCUUCAAGCAAUCUUUGUAAUGGUGCCAUACAUAUGGAUAGUCUGAACUGAAUUGCUGAAUUGUAGUGUUGUGCUUUGUUAAGGUGACAUUCACAUUCAUCUUUGCAGUGCUAUCUUACUAGACUAACAUUAGGAGAUUCAAAUCCAACAAGUUAAAUGAGUUUACAGAAUCAGUUCAACAACAGUGGGAAAAUUUAAUUCGUAGUUUUAUUUGUUGUGUUAUCUCUGUUGUUACAAUUUCUAGGUAUCUUUGGCCCACAAAAUUAAACUAUAUGUGACUAAUCAAGUACUAACGUCCCAGAAUGAAUGAAGCAAGACAGUGGCAUCUUUCAUGUGCUCAUUUAUUAAUUUUUCAUGUACGAAGAUGUACUCUGAAAGUGUUACAUCUAGUUUAGUUUUGCUCCAUUUUUGUGCACACCUUGUUUUAAAUUUUUGGUUAAUUUUAUCUUGUGUGUGACUCUUAUUAGAGUGGCCUUGUUAGUAACACACUUCAUCAUAAAUUUGUUCCUCCUUUCUGAAAACUUACUUUGUAGUAGAAAACAGUAAAAGUUUAUAUUGUAUACCUUUUUAUUUAUCUGGAUUGAUGUUUUUUAUUUAUUGAGAAAUCUAUACAGAAUAUUGCAAUUCAUGAACCCAUGUUUCUGUAGAAUUUUAACUGUGUUCACACUUUGCUUUUGCAAAAAUGGACAUGAUAUUUUGUUUCAACUGUGUGUGGAUAUGUUUUAUUAGUUUUGAUGUUUCAGAGGACGUCUUCUGACCUCUCUCUUUCUGUAUAUGUUUCUGGUGUAGUGAAUGUAUUGUGCUUUACUUAGUGUCAGUCUUUUGUGUAGCCAAUAGCAACAGUUAGAACUGAAAAUGACGAGACAUACCAUGUCAUCAUUUAAUAUCCACAAUGGAUGAACUUCUCACAUGGCAUAAAAAAGUUAUUUUUAAUGAGUCAUCUUAAUUGGUUUGUUAUGGUAUCUGAUUGACUGACAAAUAUCCCUUCUAAAUAAUAUGGAUAUGCAUAUUGCAAUAAUUAAAAGCAGUUUUUGUCAUCUUUCAUCCUUUCAGUUUGAUAGUUGCUCUACAUGUGAUUGUAAAUAAACCUGAUACUGUCUAGUCGUAAGCUACCUCUGAAAUGUCACUGCUCCUUUUUUUAAUUUUGUUUUAAAUAUACCUCAGUAUAUAAAUUUAUGUAAACAGUGUUUAGUUCCCAAUAUUUCUUACAUGUUGUAAAAUAUGUACUUGUUAUGUUUUGUAUUUCUGCAGUGUUCUGUUAGGUAUCCUCAUUAUUGAAAUCUCCAGAAUUAGUUGCAAAAUUUUGUAAACAAAAUAGUUAGACCUUUGGAAACUGCAUGCAACAGUGAAAGUUUUGGAAACUGUGACUGCCCUUUGUUUUAAUAAUAUUAUUACAGAUUUAGAACUAAAACCAGGACAUGCAUACUUCCAUGCUUCCAAUUAUACAGUAAUUCAUUUUCUGUGUCAAUCUUAUAAUAAUGAAUAAAGUGUCAAAAAUUGUGAUACAUAUUUAAUAAACUGCCAGAAUCGGUCUUUCAUCAUAUUUAAGUCAGUGGUAUCUGGAAAAGAAACAAACUGUAGGAAGUGUUCUGAAUGUUAUUGGUCAGCAUGAAUUGUAUAGUCUUAAUAAAAGUUACUUACUCCCCAUUAAUCAUUUAUUGUGAAAAGGAAAGAUAAUGUGCUACAAUUUUUCUCUUUUGUUGAGCUUCCGUGAAGGACAGACUGGAAGUGAAGUAUACCAGUGACUAUGAAUCAGUUUUUAAUGCUAUUUUGCUGUGUGAAUGAAAUAACUUGCUUUGUAUUAUAAAUGGAUUUCAGAUUAGAGGGUGAAAUGUUGAAAAAAUAUGAUGAAGUACCACAUUUUUAUUGGACAUUGUGUGUUUAAUAAAAUUGUAAUUGCGACUAGAUUUCCAAAUAAAAUUGUAAUUUUUACCCAUU